CCGUUGGACAAACCAUACUGAGCAAACUUCAGACGCAAAGAACCAUAGAGGGCUAUAAUGGACGCACGUCCGUUCGAAUACACAAACGAAGAGAAUGGAGACCGGAAACAAGAACCAACGGCGGAUGUUGAGAGGAGCGGCGACACUUCCGACGGCUCAUCUUUGCAAGAAACAACGGGGGAUCUGCUUGACGCUACGACAUUGUCACCUAUGCGCAAGCUGCAUAUUGUUGUGGCCGGCUUUACCUGCACAUUCAGUGGCAAUCUCGGAUCAUCAAUGCCUUCAGGCGCACUUGACGCCAUUAGCGAACAAUUCGGAGUUACAGACCGCGUCCACCUUAUUCUUCUCAACUCCCUGUUUAUGUGCGGAUACGUGCUUGGGCCUUUGCUGUUUGGACCGUUGAGCGAGUACAUUGGAAGACGUCCGGUGCUCAUCGGCACGUACUGCGGAUACAUCAUCUUCAUGCUGGCAUGCUCUGGAGCACCAAACUAUCCGGUACUACUAGUCCUCCGUCUUCUGUGCGGCAUCAACGCGGCAGCACCAACAACUGUCAUCGGCGGGCUGUAUGCUGACAUCCUCGAUAACCCUGCCGUUCGAGGAAACGCAAUGGCACUUUACAUGACAGUCACGACUGUAGGCCCACUCAUCGGACCCAUGGUUUCGGGCUUCUCAUCCCCGAUGUCCUGGCGAUGGCCUUUCUGGAUCGCUAGUGUCAUCGGGGUCUGCGGAUUGCCUCUCGUUCUCACUCUGCCCGAGACUUAUGCGCCUGUUCUUCACAACAAGGCAGCCAAGAGGCAGCUGAAGCGAAACAAAGGAGUAGUCGAUGGCAAAGAGCAACAACAACUGCAGUUGCAGCCGUUCAAUGUGCGGAAGAUCUUUCUUCGACCUAUGAAGCUUCUAUUUACCGAGCCAAUCCUCAUGGCGACAUCUGCGUACCUCACAAUGGCGUACUCGGUAUUUUACCUACUAUUUCAGGCAUACCCGGUCAUUUUCCAAGGAUUCUAUGGCAUGUCUCCCGGAAUGGCUGGACUUGCGUUCUUGCCAGUGGUCCUUGGAGUUUUCUUUGCUCUUGCCAUUUUCUCCGCAUGGACAUGGUAUCACGACAAGCAAGUCAAGGCCGGUGUUGAGUGGGCUCUGAAGUCGAUUAAUCGCAGGCUGCCUCUCGCAUGCAUUGCUGCUCCGCAGAUGGUCAUUGCUCUGUUUUGGCUUGGCUGGACCGUGUGGCCGUCCACGUCCCCCGUUUUGCCUAUGUUCAGUGGCGUAAUCUUUGGCUGUGGAUUCAAUCUGCUCUUCAUGGGCAUGAUCAACUACCUCACCGACGUUUUCCGACAAUAUUCGGCAUCGGCACAUGCCGCGGCCAGCAUGACACGCUCAAUCGGAGCCAUCACCUUGCCUUUAGCGGCAGGUAAGAUGUAUAGCAACCUCGGAGUUCACUGGGCUCCAUCGGUUCUGGGCUUCAUCGCCUUGGCCAUGGGUGUUAUCCCAUUCAUCUUUAUUAAAUUUGGCGAUAACCUCGCUCGGAGCAGCAAGAUAGCACGAGAGGCAUUUGCUAUUGAACACUGAGUUGAACACAUAAUGAGCAUAUGACCAUAGAAUACAUGCAAUAAUGAUUAGACAUAGUUAAUAGAAAUAAUACCCAUUUGAAAACCUGGUUCUUUAGUUGAGUGGUAUAUAAACAUGCGACAGAGUACUUGAUGAAGAAGCAGCAGCUCAAUGAUCCAAUACGUACCCGGAUUGAGGACACAGACGCUGUUGAGAAAGCGCUUCAAAAUGAAUUAUUCUACAGUCUAAAAAAAGAGCAAUUCUGAAGGCAGCGUCCUGGCAUAGUCUAAGGACAUGAUCGGAGUGAUCAAUCGACUCUCCAGUUACGCAGGUCUCUU